UUAUUGCAAGUUUAAUCGGCACAUGGUUGUGAAUAAUUUGGAAUACAGCUGUAUAUUAAUUUAGACUACCUUCUUGAAAUAUCAACACUUGCCAGAGGGCAAAACUAAACAAUUUACACUGGUGAGAGCAGCAUUGUAGCUUACAGUGAGUGAUGUUGGCAACCCUCGGCACCUUCCUGCUGGGGCACUCAGUCCAUUUUGUGCUCCUGAGGGAGGUUGUCCAUCUGCGCUUUGAUCUUCUUAUUUCGCCUGUACCAUGGGAGGAUUAUAGGAGCAGACACGGCGCUUGCGGAGAUGGGGACGUCUCUUCCCUCGGAAGGUGUUCACCUGGAGGACUACAACCACCUUAAGUACACCCUCAGCCUCAAGAGGGUGGGGCAGCAAGUUUUAUCUCAGGUGUUCUCGUGGGGCUUUAUUGGAGGCUCAGGCAGUGUAAGGGACGCCCUCUUUACUCUUUCCAAUUACACAAAUGCUAAGUUCCGCAAGGACUUUAAGGCCUCCCAACGUGAAAAAAUCACACAUGGAAAAGUGUCCGAGUUUGAUAUCACCUUAACCUAUAGUUUGUUACAGUUAGUGUGUGGGUUGAGUGAUGCUGCCGACUCCGUAUGGACAAAUGAAGCUUCAGACUCAUUGGAAUAUUGCCUCUAUGCCAUCAAGGAGAGGAGAAAUAAAUUAGCUCACGAAAAUAUACACUUUUCACCAAAUCAGUUAGCAGACGAACUAGAUGCGCUGAGAACAUUGUUCACCAAAACACUUAAGAAAGCUGGGCACAAAUUUUCCGUAGACAAUUCUAAGGUGAAUGACUUGUUGGAGUCCAUUAACCGCCAAUUAGAUGCAAUCAAAGACUCUCCUGUGCCCUUGGAAACAGAAGCUGAGUACCAGAAAGAAUUAUUAGCAAGCCGUAGAGCCCGCCUGAUUGAAGAAGGAGGAAAUGAAUUAAAGACAAUUAUUAAUGGUAUUUGUCAAGUGAGUGUGGCUCCCUGGCUGAUGGAAGGACGGACUGUGACUGUUGACAAAGUGUUCAUAUACCCUUGUCUAAGACGGGACGAAACGCAGAUAAUGCAAAGACAAUUGUCGAGAGAAGAAAGCUACGUGUCCGUAUGUGACGUUCUGCAGGCAACGGAGUGUGAUGGAACGUUACCUCAGGUAACUUUGUUUUCAGCUUUGAGUGGGAUGGGAAAAACAACCUUACUGAAAUUUAUAUUAGACAGAGGAAUAAAUAAUUCAUGCACACUGGGAAAGAUUGACAACUUCGAUUUGAUUCUUUUCUUGGAAUGUCGUAAUGCAAUGUUUUCUUCUCUAGAGGCAAUGAUGGCUUUUCUUCUGCCUCGCACGGCAGCCAUAUUACAAGAAUCCCAGUUUCAGCGCACUCUUCUCUCGCUUGAUUUACUUGUAAUAUUAGAUGACAUUGAUGAAUUAAAGCAAUCUUUCUCGAUAUUCGAGGACUUUUUAAGGGUGAUGUCGCCUGGUACCCGAAUUUUAGCCACAGUUUCUCGAGAAUCGGCUAAAGGCAUCAUAAGAAAAUUAUCAGCCAUACACAAAAGGACAAUGCUUUUGGAGAUUGAAGGUAUACCAGACGACCAAACUUUUCCCUUCGUACAACAAACUAUGAAUUAUGUUUUCCCCGGCAACACUAGUGACCAUGACAGAGAGGCUAAGCUUCUCCAGCUCAUAAAGUCUAAGCGGCCGUACUUACAGGAACAUCUCAGAUCACCGGAGAUCCUUAGUCUACUUACCUUGAGCUGGGCCUUUGCUCCUGAUCGCCUCAACGCAUCGUCCACUGUCACAGAAAUUUUCAUGUUAGUGGAAGAUCUUCUUAUACAUAAAGUUCUACAAACGAUAACAACCUCAUCACUGUCUGCCAUAAGCACACAAACUGUCAUUAGAAUAAAUCUUCGGAAAUUUUUGAUUUCACUGACAGGAGUGGCAGCAGAGUGCUUGCGGAGCGGAAAAUUCAGCAUUGACCCCGAGCAUCUGAUAAGUCUGGCUGUAGACUGUGAGAAGUUAAAACUGCCAGAGGCAUAUUUGAUUUCGGCUUUUAUGAGUUACACAGAGGAGUAUGUUGGCAGCCUUACCAGGAGUCGUAAGGUGUCUUUUCCCAGACGGUCUACCCUACAAUAUUACGCUGCUUGGUCUGUCACCCAGAAGCUGAGGGAAGCUUUGCCUUCUACAACCAUUCGCAAUAUCUUGCGACUACCAUCGUGUGGUAUUGGUGAAGCACAUGGUCCCAGUUUGCAGUCAAUGGUGAAGUACCUAGUGGGAAUGUUGGCUAUGCUCUUACCGUGCCAGCUAAAAACUAGGGCUGAUGAAAUUGUUUGUCUUUUGAAAGAUUUAGGGGUAAAGAAAGCAUCACAGUGGAUGGAAUAUAUCGAGGAAGCAAAGGAAGAGAAAACAAUUAAAGGAAUUAUAUUAAAAGAAAUGGGUGGUGAAUGGGAGGUGGAAGAUUUCGCUAUAACUUCCACCUUAGUUAACAUUAUCAAGGAAACUAAGCCACACCAUCUAUCUCUUGUUGCUACCAAGAGUCCUCAGAACUAUCCACAUCUACAGAAUGUUUUGAGAGUCUGUGCAGGCUCUCCUGAGAUGAGACUGUCACUGCAUCUAUAUCAACAAUUUUGGUCAGAGAAAGAAAAAUUUUCGGACGAGUUUUUGAAAACUGUGUCGAGUAGAGAGUCGCUAUGCAAGCUGGAACACUUUGCUGGACGCCUGAGUGCCUCGGCCAUCACUAGACUACCAGCCACCGUCAGAAGGUUAGCCAUCCACGUCACCCCAGAUAUGCUGGAACCUCUUAAUGCUACUCUUCCUUCGCUUUUAGACCUACAAAUGUUAUACCUUAACUUGGAUGCUUCUGCAACUACGGAUCCCAGAACAAUUCCCUCCCUCGCUAUCUCCGGAAGAACAAUUUCUCUUUCUGUGGAUAUAUGGAAAAUUACUGAAGAUACUGUUGAGUGGGCAUGUGAUAUUGCCAAGGCCAUGCACAAAACCUACAGUCGCUUAGUUCUGCGACGAAGUGAGUUGGGUGCUGAUGGGUGUGAACGGUGGCUGGAGGGUCUGCGGCAGCGUGGGGUUACGGCCCACUGGUUGGUCGUGGGGUCUACCUAUAACAUCACUCACCACCAAAAACUCCGCCUUGAAUAUGCAGCUGGCAACAUCGAGUGCAAGAAAUUUGUAUGGAUACAAGUGUAAUGUCAGUAAUAUAUAUAUAUAUAUAUAUAUAUAUAUAUAUAUAUAUAUAUAUAUAUAUAUAUAUAUAUAACUCAUUAGGCAAACUAAAGAUUCAAGAACGGUCAGUUUCUCGUUUCAGCGCCUCAGUGUCACGAUCCAGAGAGGAAAUGUUUGUUGUAUCUUGGGCACCCACUCCACAUCCAAAGAGCUGGAUGAGAUCUUCGAACAGUUAUUGUUAUGUGUAGGUGUUUUCCUGUAAACUGUAACACAAUGUAAUAAAAUUAAAAAAAAAAAUAGGGGUUGAAGGAGAAGAUAACAUUUAAGUGUUACCUUACCUUGAGGUUACCUUGAGGUGCUUCCGGGGCUUAGCGUCCCCGCGGCCCGGUCGUCGACCAGGCUUCCUGGUUGCCGGACUGAUCAACCAGGCUGUUGGACGCGGCUGCUUGCAGCC